AUGUUUAAAUUAAUUCAAAGAGCUUGCUUCAGAUACGCAGUGGCUAGCAGCAAGGCUGAGGCUGAAAUCAAAUCAGUAGCAGGUAUUGAGCAUUGAAAGGUCUAGGACAUAAACCACCCUCUUUCGAAGAUACUGUCUAAGGAAAAUAUGCUGGAGUGCUUUUCUCAACUGCAUCCUAAAGGGAAGCUCUUCAUCUGGUGCUUUAGGAUAUGAAGUACUUCAAGGAUUUAGCUGAAAAGAGUCCAGUAUUCGCAGGCUUCUUAUUAAACUCUGCAUAUAAGAGAAAUCAAUAAAGAAAUGUCAUAUAAGCAUUAACAAAAGUAAAGCGAUUUUGAUAUAAGUGUAGGAAGGAUUUCACGAGGUCACAGUGAAUUUAUUAAAUACUAUGAUUGACAGUCAAAGAAUUUCAUAUUUGACUAAGACAGCUGAGAAAUAUAUUGAAUAUUAUAGAAUCUUUAACAAAGAAGAAAAUAUUACAAUAAUAUCAGCAGAAGCAUUAUCUGAAGAAUAAAGGUAUGCAAGUAUGUUAAUGAUGUAGAGCCCAAGUCGUUGGAGCCUUGAAGGAAUCUAGUCCUAAUGUUCAAUUCUCUGUAUAAUAUAAAGUGGACCCAUCAAUUUUGGGAGGUUUGUAAAUGUAUUCUGGCAACAAAUUCUUGGAUUGCUCGUUGUUGUCAAGGGUUAAUAAAUUGAGAUCAGAGUUGUAGAAGUUGAGCAUUUGAUUAAGAAUAAAC